GGACCAGGUUAUCCUUAAGACUCCAUUCCCCAGCAAGCUCUGCGCGUAGCGUGAGCUAUGGAGCCGCAGGUCGCAGAACUGAAGCAGAAGAUCGAGGACACGUUGUGCCCUUUUGGCUUCGAGGUUUACCCCUUUCAGGUGGCAUGGUAUAAUGCACUCCUGCCUCCAACCUUCCACCUAACCCUGCCAGGACCUACCCUGGCCUUCCUAGUACUCAGCACACCUGCCAUGUUUGACCGGGCCCUCAAACCGUUCCUGCAGAGCUGCCACCUCCAACGACUGACUGACCCUGUGGACCAAUGUGUGGCCUACCACUUGGGCCGAGUUAGAGAGAACCUCCCAGAGUUGCAAAUCGAAGUCAUCGCUGACUAUGAAGUACACCCCAAUCGGCGCCCCAAGAUUCUGGCCCAGACUGCAGCCCAUGUGGCAGGGGCUGCUUACUACUACCAACGAAAGGAUGUGGAGGCUGACCCCUGGGGGGACCAGCACAUAUCGGGUGUGUGCAUACACCCCCGAUAUGGGGGCUGGUUUGCCAUCAGAGGAGUGGUGCUCCUGCCAGGAAUAGAGGUGCCAGAUCUGCAACCCACGAAGCCCCUGGACUGUGUACCUAAAAGAGCUGACCGAAUCACCCUGCUUGAAGGGUUUAAUUUCCACUGGCGAGACUGGACAUACCGGGAUGCUGUGACACCACAGGAGCGCUACUCAGAAGAGCAGAAGGCUUAUUUUUCCACUCCACCUGCCCAACGUUUAGCCUUCUUGGGCUUCGCCCAGCCCUCAAAGGAUCCUAGCUCUAGGCCUGCUGAACUACCUUUUACAGUACACAGACCCAAAAACCCACAGAAUCCCAGCAGAGUCCGCGGCUGGCUCAGCCCCCGUGUCUCACCACCAGCAUCCCCUGGCCCUUCCCUCCCCUGAUAUCCCUAUUGAUAAGUGGGACUUGCUGGGACUUGUUUUGCUUUUUGGCAAGGCAAGGUUUUAUUUUAGGUAUAUUCUUGAUAGAAGAAUUCUAGAGAUCUUCAAUGAAGAUAAGGCUCAGAAUUUAGUCAAAACAAAU